CACCCAUCCAAAAAAGAAACAGAAACACCAACGAACGAGGGAAGUACGAGAAGUGAAAAAGGAGUGAACAAUCACAAUGCCGUACAAGUACGGUAAUACCAUUCGGUACGGUCGGUGCAUUGCAACAGCAGCAGCACCGUCUCCGUGACAGCAAACAAAGGACACGCCGAUCGAAAGGUUCGUGUGCGGAGAGCAUGCAGGAACCGGACAAGGACGGCGGCGAAGGAACAGACGGAGCGAGCGACGCGGGCAGGGAUUGCCCGGCAACAGCAACGGCAACAGCAACAGCAACGGCAACGGCCUCGUGGCUCCGCGAGGACUGCCUGGAAUUCUACAGGAACGAGCUGCUUCUGCUGGGCGAUGGCGGGCGGGGGGAAGGCAGCGGCGGUCAGAGGGCAAGGAAGAGAACCCCCGCCACACCGGUCCACGAGCGGGUGGGCCUCCUGCGGCUCGGCAUCGACAGGGCCAUGGUUCUGAAGAAACGCUUUCCGAACGCCCGGUUCCUGGAGUUUGGGGUCCACGAGGGGAAAGACCUGGUGCGGAUGGCCGCCUUUCUCCGGUCGAUCGAAGAGCGGGACCGGGGCAGGAAGAAAACCAAAACCAAUAACAAUAACAAUAACAAUAACAAAGACCAAUCCAAACCCGGCGCCAACCAGAACCGGGACGACCCGGCCUACACCACCUUCCACGGCUUUGAUUCCUUCGAGGGGUUGCCGGAGGACUGGAUCAACGGCCAGAUCGGCGAGGACGACCAGCCGUUCCACAAAAAGGGCGCCUUUUGCACGGGAGGAAAGGCCCCGGACGUGGACCACCUCCGCACCGAUCUCGACCUCGGAAACCACCGUCCCAAAACCCCGAUCGAUUCCAACAACAGCAACAGCGACAGCGACCGCAGCAGCCACUGCCCCGAGCCGGCCACAAGAGGCAUUCGUUUCCACAAGGGCUGGUUCCACGAAAGCCUGCCGCGGUUCCUAAGCGAGCACGAGCACGCCGGGGAGCCGGUGGCCUUUGUCCACGCCGACGCGGACCUCUACACCUCGACCAAAACGGUCCUGGAUCUCCUGUGCGAGCACAAGCUCCUCCGGAAGGGAUCCGUCCUGGUCUUUGACGAGUUCUGGAACUACCCCAACUGGCAGAACGGCGAGUACAAGGCCUGGAAGGAGGCCACGGAGCGCUUUGGCCUUGCGUACGAGUGCUUUGCCUACCACGCGCCCCACCCGGCGAAAAAACACAAGCACUACGGGUACCAGUCGGUGGGCGUCGUGGUCACGAGCAACCCCGGGCGCUGAGCGGAGCACAACGGAAGACA